AUGGGAGAUAACAUGUCCAAGCGACUGAAGCUAAUCUCGGCUACAGAGGCAGAGAUGGAGGAGCGCUCUUUUCCAAACCCGUACCCUGACUGGGACCAAGGAGUCGUCACCUCCAACUCCGGAGCAGACGCAGACUACAAUGAACCAUUUGAUGCUGAGGGAAAGGUGAGUGCAGCGUUCCAGAGGAAGGUCCAGAGUAAGAUCAAAGACCUCCUCCAGCAGAUGGAGGAGGGCCUGAAGACCGCUGACCCCCACGACUUCUCCACUUACACCGGCUGGACAGGUAUUGCCUUGCUGUACCUGCAGCUGCACCGGGUCUCCCAUGAGGCCUCCCACCUGCAGAGGGCACUGGACUAUGUGAAGAGGGCCAUGAGGGUCCUCAAUGGCCGCAAAGUGACGUUCCUGUGUGGUGACGCGGGGCCACUGGCCGUGGGUGCGGUGGUCCACCACAAACUCAACAACACCGCUGACAGCAAAGACUGUGUUUCUAGACUCCUCCAGCUGCAGCGGUCAGUGCUGAGUCCAGACUCCGACAUGCCAGAUGAGCUGCUGUAUGGCCGGGCCGGCUACCUUUACGCACUGCUCUACGUGAACAAAGAGAUAGGAGCUGACACGGUGGAUGAGAGCACCAUCACAAAGGUGGUGACAGCCAUCAUGGAAUCGGGGAAGAACAUGUCAGCGGAGCAGAAGAAGACAGAUCGCUGCCCUCUGCUCUAUGAAUGGCACAAAAAGCAGUACAUCGGGGCGGCCCACGGCCUGGCUGGCAUCUACUACAUACUCAUGCAGCCAGGAGCAAAGGUCCAUCCGGACAUGCUGUCAGAGCUGGUUCGCCCCAGCAUCGACUACAUCCGCCACAAGAGGUUUCGUUCGGGGAACUUCCCAUCAUCCCUGAGCAACGAGAGUGACCGGCUGGUUCACUGGUGCCACGGAGCGCCUGGUGUCAUCCAUGUGCUCAUCAUGGCUCAUAAGGUGUUUAAAGAGGAGAAGUACUUGAAGGAAGCGUCAGAAUGCGCUGAGGUGAUCUGGCAGCGCGGCCUGCUCAGGAAAGGCUACGGUAUCUGCCACGGCACCGCUGGCAACGGCUACGCCUUCCUGUCCCUUUACAAGAUCACCCAGGACAAGAAAUACCUGUACCGGGCCUGCAAGUUUGCUGAGUGGUGUUUGGACUACGGCACCCACGGCUGUCGCAUCCCAGACAGACCCUACUCUCUUUUUGAAGGUAUGGCGGGGGCCAUCCACUACCUUUCAGAAAUGGCGAAGCCUGAAACUUCCUGUUUCCCGGCUUUUGAACUUUGACCUGCCAACUCAACUAGCGGGACUGAGGAUGAUGAAGGGGGACAGGGAGAAAUGGUUUCUGGAGCUAACUUGAGUUUUUUUGUUUGUUUUUUUUGCUCAAACACUGGACAAGUAUGUGUUUGUGAUAUAGCUUUUCAGCCAUGGCCAUCGGUGAGCAGCGACCAAAUUGGACGGAAGUUAAAGAGGAGACUGGAACUAAGCAAAGUGCAAAUCAAAGAAAUAUCAAUAAGGAUAAAGGGAAGAUUAUUUUUGGACAAAACUGCAGGUUGAAUCUUGUUGAUGCAGUGAAAACAAAAACAGCACUGAAGAGGACAGUGUUAAUGGAUAUUUCUCUUCUUGCGGCCGGUCACUUGCUUCCUGUGCAGCUUCCUGUCAUUCUUGUGGUCCUAUGGCUCAGAGGUCCCCUGUCGUCCCUCGUCACCCAUUACAGUUUAUUGCCAUCUGGCAUGGACACAGAGGAACACACCCUAAGCCCUCAGCCUUUAAUAUCGUAGCACCUAGGCCAAGAAAGAGGGUGUGUGUGAGUGUGUGUGUGCGCGUGUGUGAAGUGAAGUGAACUAAAGCUGUUUUGGUAUUUCUAUGCCCCUGCAUGCUCACCGUAAAUGGCUUCUGGUGCCUCAUAUCCUGUCAAUGUAGUGAUUUCCUCUUCCUGUAUUUGUAGCUGUGCUGUUGCAGUUCUCCAGGUAUUUGUCACAUAUUGGAGGGGGGGCGAGGGAGUUUGUCUCAUCUUUCGUUUCACUGAGAAGUCCAAACUGGCUUUGUACUGCUUAUUGCGAAGACGACCCGUGUAUCAGCUGUAAAGUCAAACGUUAGCUAUCAGUCUUUAGCUAUUUAAACCUUCUGUCCCUUUACAAGAUUGGCCAUCUGACAGCAUUCAUUACCACCAGACGUCAUGAGGGAAGUGCUGAAAUUGCAGAUGGGGUUUAAGUUAAGCAACAGCUAACAAAAAAACUUCUUAUUUAUGGUAAGUUAUUUUCAUGUAGAAAUUUCUUAGCAAUUUUCUUAGCAAAACUGAAUUUUAAUUUCAGUUUGAAGUAUGAAAGCCAAGCAUACCAUACAUUCACAAUUGUCAAUUGUCAGUGAUUCCUUGACAAAUGAGAAAUGUAUGUGGUAUUUAGGUUUUUUGUGGCAUAGAAACUGUACUAGCUAGGUAGCUAGUUAUCUAGGUAGGAAAUUUUAAGUGAGAUGAUUUUUUUUCCCACAAUAUGACGAGUGUCUGAUUAAUUUAAAUAAAAGUUAAAAGUCUUCUGCUAAAGAAGUUUUUUCCAUUUGUUUUUUUAGGUACCGGGAAAAACAAAGCCUUGUUUUAUUGAAAACCAGUCCAAGCUAGCUUGUUAGCUUGCAGCACGUGUUGGCGUUCAGUCAGGUAUCAGUACAUUAUAAAAUAAAUAAUUCAGUUGUAGGUAUUGCCACACAUUCAUUUGGGUACGAUAGAUUAUGCCGUGAUGGUUUAAGUAAUUUAGGAAGGGGAAAGGCCUAAAAUUUGUGUUUUUAAACCAUGUCCACUUUUGUCAGCUUAAGUACAAAGGCGUUGCUACUGGCGUUAAACUUUCUCUACCACAACAUGUGCUAAUCCUGUUUCUCAGGUGUCCCUCACUUUAGGUCGUUACUUCACCUACUACUGCUUAAUGUACAUAAACAGCUGUAAAAUCAGACAUCUGUCUUGUGCACAUUCAUGAGGUUUUUGAACAGAAAUGGAGCCAAACACGGAGGUGUUGAAGCAUACUGGCAUAUAUAUCAUUUGGGUUAGAUUAGCAGACUCAAACCUGAUAGUGAGAACUACUCAUGUUGUGGUUUAAUGAAAUCUGCAUCCGAAGUAAUAUCUGCAUUAUUAGCUCAGAUAGUUGUGCCCCCAACUUUUAUUAUUUUGUGUACCAUCUAGAAAUAAGACAGGCUGCAGGGUGUUGCUACCACGUCGGUUCAGGUGCCAUCUGGGUUCAGUAUCGUAUCAGAGCUAGGCUUAAAAAUGACAUGUUUCGUAAAUGUAUGGCUGAAUGCUAGUAAUCCAACCACUUACUGAAUAAACAAAUACUUCAAGAAAAAUCCCAUUCUGAAAUAACACAAUCAGGGACUGCAUAGCGAUUGCCAAAAAGGGUUGCCUGAAACAGCUGCAGCAAAAAACUGAAUUAAAAACAAUGUAAUAACAUGCAAAAACGUUUUGCUACCAGGUUUUCUCAAUAGCCUUGUCACCAUUGAAACAUUAUGUAAAACAUUAUCUAAGUUAAAACUCUCUGCUGCACAGUAUAUUAUGUUAUUACUUAGAGUGUAUGGUUUUUUUUUCAUCAGACUUCCCACAUUAGGCAGUUGAGUAGGUUUAGUUUAAUCUGCACUCCAUAUGUCACUUUUAGGCUCAACUAUAAUGCAGCCCUGUGCUUAGAUGGUCGCCAUGGACUGUGUGAUAUCAACAUAGAGUUAAAAUCCAAAAAUGAUACCUGUACAGUAUAUCCAGUAUUUCCGACAGCACAUGAAUGCACAUAAAUGCCUAAUUCUCUUGCGGAGAUCUCGUCACGAAUGUCAUUGCAUGAGGAUAAUGUCACAUAUAAAACUGCGUGUGUGUGUGCGCGUGUGUGUGUGUGUGUGUUCUUCUGUUAGUGUGUUUCCAGGUUCACUGGUCCUUUAUAAAUGUGUUUGGUGGUGAUCUGUCCUUUGCUGCCGGUCCCAGCAGCGAGGACUCUGGACAUUAGUGGAGAUGUGUUUCGUGUUUGACCUUUGUCCCUGUCUAUUUGUUCUGACUCAGCCUAAUUGGUGUCAAGUAAUGAAGGUGUAAGUUUAUUUUUCCUCAUUGAACUCUUUGGCUUCAGUGUCAGAGCAGAGUAACAUGUCUUAAUUGUUCUUCUUAACAUGCUUUCAGUGCUUACGAAGGUCAUGUGAGGGAAUUCAAGCAAGGUUUGAUGUUGUUGGAAAUAAAAUGAACAGAGCUUCUGUAAAA